AUUGAUGCUAGCUGUAGGUAGACACUGGCGAGCUGGACUUUAUAGCGCAGCUGGAUGUGCAUGGAAGAAGGCAGAGGCAAGAUGGUAGAGCAGGGUAACCAGGACACACCGGCACCCCCGGACCCUUCCAUGGCCCAGGCGUACCCAUCAGCCCAGUUUGCCCCCCCUCCCCAGAACGGCAUUCCAGCUGAGUUCACAGCUUCACACCCCCAUCCGCAUCCACACUCCCACCCACAUCCACAUCAGCACCCAGCGGCGCCACAGGACUACACCGGGGUCCAGGCCUCUGUCAGUGAGCAUCCACUCAACAUGUACCAGACCUCACAGAGCCACAGUGAACACGUUGGGUCAGACUCUGGCAGUCAGACGGUCACCGGGACAGCCACACAGACGGAUGAUGCCGCCCAGACAGACAGUCAGCCACCAACACAGAGUGUACCUGAAAGCACAGAUAACAAGGCCCAACCCAAGAGACUUCAUGUCUCCAACAUCCCCUUUAGGUUCAGAGACCCAGAUCUCAGGCAAAUGUUUGGCCAAUUUGGCAAAAUCUUGGAUGUAGAAAUCAUCUUCAACGAGCGUGGUUCAAAGGGUUUUGGGUUCGUAACGUUCGAGCAUAGCGUGGACGCCGACAGGGCCAGAGAGAAAUUACACGGCACCGUGGUAGAAGGUCGUAAAAUAGAGGUCAACAAUGCAACAGCCCGAGUAAUGACAAAUAAGAAGACUGUCAACCCAUAUGCAAAUGGCUGGAAGUUAAAUCCAGUGGUCAGCGCUGUCUACAGCCCAGAAUUCUAUGCAGUACCAGGUUUUCCCUACCCAGCAGCCAGUGCAGCAGCAGCUUACAGAGGAGCCCACCUACGGGGUCGAGGACGGACUGUAUACAACACAUUCAGAGCGGCUGCUCCGCCUCCCCACAUCCCAGCUUACGGAGGUGUUGUAUACCAGGAUGGAUUUUAUGGUGCAGAUAUUUAUGGUGGUUACGCUGCCUACAGAUAUGCCCAGCCUACUGCUGCCACAGCUGCUGCAUACAGUGACAGUUACGGACGAGUAUAUGCUGCCGACCCCUACAACCACACACUCGCUCCAGCAGCCACAUACAGCGUUGGUGCCAUGAACGCGUUCGCCCCACUGACAGAUGCCAAAACUCGGAGCCAUGCAGACGACGUGGGGCUGGUGCUGUCCUCUCUCCAGGCUAGUAUAUACCGGGGAGGCUACAGUCGCUUCGCACCCUAUUAGCAACACCUCCAACCUAUGUUCAACCUUCCAACAGGACAGAGUGUGUAUGUGCGUGUACACGAGUGUGUGAGUGAACGUGAGAGAGACAGAGAGAUGAAGGAUUUAUCAGAGGAGAGACGUUACUGAGGCCUGGGUAUUGCAAUACAUGCAGUUUGUGCAUCAUUUCAGCAUCUCCUUAGAGAGAAGUACAAAAAAAAGAAUAAGAAUAAAAACAGCUGAUAUUUUUCAUCUUAUACCUCAGAUAUUUUGUGCUGUGUAUUUUGAUAUUGUGGGUUUUUAAUUUCUAAAGAUUUAAACAUAGAUUAUCAGCUGUAGAGGUUUUUCCAUGAUACUAAUAGAGAGCUGCUAGAGAUUAGGACAGAGAGGAAAUAUUUAUCAAAUUCAAAUUGUUAGGGCUUGUAUAGAACUCCAACCCUGUAAGAUAAGUCACGUUUUGGGGUUUUUAUGUUUUCUAAGAGUGUUUAAGUGACUAUGCUAUAAUCAAGUGUUGUUUUACUUCAGAUUUCUUUGGCACUUCCUCUCUCAGUUUAGCAUUUAUGUUAUUUUUUUCCCCUUUGGUUUGGGAGGAAGUAAAAAAGACUUGGAAACAUGAACAUAGACAAAAGGUUCUCUGAACUUUUUGGUGCCUCAGAGAAGCUGAGAGCAGCUAUGAUUGCUUUUAUUUGUCCACAAUUUUAAAAAUCAUGACUUUUUAUCUUGUUAUCUUGAGAACAAACUGUUUACUUGUGACUGCAACUUUAUUAUUGCAUGUUCAUAAUUAUUUUGCCAAACCAAGAAAAUAAUCCUUUCCCAAGUCUGAUGUAUAGUUCUGUAUAGAACUGUUAUAGUUAUAAUAAUUAUAACUGGCAUAGUUAUAGUUAUGUAUAGAUCUGUAUAGUUAUGGAAAUUGCUUGUAUUCUAGCCUAAUUUCACAUUCAACAUCAGGUUUCCUUCUAUUUAUGUCAUGCAAAAUUUCUUGUAAUUUUGAUUUCAUAUUUCUUCAUUUCAAAAUUUGAUUACAGUUUCAAACAUUCAACAUCCACAGACAUUCAGGAGAACAUCACCAUUAAUGUGAAGCUAAAGCUCAUCGUGCCCCUUCUAAUCUGAUCAUAUCACCACAGUAACCUAUGAAAUCAGUUUGUGUGGCUACAUUGAUUAGACAGGCUAUUAAGAGUUGCUCAUAAUUACAAGAUAAGCACCUGGUUAUUAUGGUUAUUAUAAGACAAAACACUACAAGUACAAAAUGAGGCCUCCAGUUCUUCUUCCCCAUAUGCAAUGUGUCUUUGUUUAUAAGAAGAUUCUUUGUCAUUCUGUGUCUUUUAUUAUGAUGACAAAAUGCAACAAAUUGAGUCAGUAAUGAUGGUAUUUCUGCUCUUUCAUAAGUUAUCUUGAGAUAACAGGUUACUCAUGACCAUGAAAUGAAAUAAAAAGACUACAACAAUUAUUACCAAUCACAGCAGCUCUCAGACAUGUAGUUUAGUUUUUUUUGUUGUUGUUUUGUUUUUUUUAGGGAGGGAACGGUGCCAAUCAGCACAUUAUGCAGGUUGUAGAUUCACUAAUUAAAAUAAUGAAGUUGUAGCUUAUAUGACUUCAAGCCAAAGGUUCUAAUGGACAUAUCUGGUAUGUUUAUGUGUAUAAUCAAGCUUCUACAUAGAUAGGAAUCACGAGAUAAGUUAAAAAAAAAAAAAAAAAAAAAGAUUGCCAUGGCAACUAAACUGUUAAUGCCAGGUAAUGGCUUAGUCUACAUGCUGAGAUAUGAAAAAGAAUUAGGGCCAGAUCAAUAUAGAAUUUUUUUUUCUUUUUUUUUAAAUACAUGAAUUGCAGUCCUAUGAGAAAAAAAAGUCAGGUUUCCUGAGGAAAGUUAAACUUUAAUCAGAGAAUUCUAGCUUAGAAUUUGAAGAUUAAAUGUUUUGUGGCACUAAUCCUCUUCCAUAAUGAGCAUUUGCCAUCCUGAUGUGUUUUUUUAAUAUAAAAUUCCAUUACAGUCAUUGGUAUAAGUGAUGAUUUUUAUAU